AUGGCACCGCUGACGAUCCUUGUUGCUUCAUACACUGACUCGAUCUACACGCUGUCCUUUGAUCCAACACCAUCGACAGGAUCUCCGACACUUGAACUCCUCGCCCGAACACCCGUUGGGCACCAUCCGUCAUGGAUCGCAUCUCAUCCGUCCAAUAGAUCCCUUAUUUAUACAGGGCUCGAACAGGCAGAUGGAGAAGUCGUCGCGAUCAAGUAUGGAAAGGGUGGAAUCGUCGAGGGAGGAGAGGUGGUGGCCAGGGCCAAGAGCGGUGGUGCAGACCCUUGCACCCUUCUUGUCACGGAAGACGAGCUUAUCAUUGGAAAUUACUCCUCGGGCACAAUCGCGACCCUUCCGAUAUCAACAUCCGCCCCUUACAUACUCUCACCAAACACAUGGACGCUUUCGAUGCCCUUUGAGCAUGUAGGUCGAAACAAAGCUCGUCAAUCUUCAUCCCACCCCCACCAAAUCAUCUUCAAUCCACUGAACCAAACGGAGAAAGAGCUCCUUGUCCCGGAUUUAGGUGCAGAUAAGGUCUGGAGACUCGCCAAACGAAGCGAUGGCAGGGGUGGCCCACGACAUGUCGUAGUUCGAGGAGCUACCCUUUACACGCUACUGGAGCUCACCUUAAAGCUUGCUGUACACACUUUCCCUCCGCUUCCGGCGCCCCCCACUCCUCUUACAUCUCUGUUCACGCUUUCUGGGUUACCGAUACCGGAUACCAUGACGGCAGCGGAAAUUCUGCUGCCCGAACCCAAUGCAUCCUUCCCUGAAACAUUCAUCUACACGUCGAACAGAAAUGACCCUCAUUCGGAGGGUGACACUAUCGCAAUUUUCUCUCUCGCCGCCGGAGAGGGCCAGCCAGAACUCGUGAACGAAGUACGCACGGGGCUAACCCAUGUCCGUGGGAUGGCGUUUGGAGGUGAUGAAGACAAGUAUCUGAUUGUGGGUGGUGUGGAAGGUGGUGGAGUGAAGGUAUUUGAGAGGAUUGAUGGUGGCAAGGGACUCGAAGAAAUUGCGAAGCUCGGUGAAGACGUUGUAGGAUGUCCCACUGGCUUCUUGUGGUACUGA